GAUUAACCGUGGGGUUAUAUCCAGGUUGCGCUGACAUGUAGCUCUAGUUAGCUGUUUUUCAAAAGAAGAAGAAAACGUGCAAACUACUAAGAAAAUGUCUGGAAGAGGAAAAUCCGGAGCUAAAGCCCGUGCUAAGGCUAAGACUCGCAGCUCCCGCGCUGGAUUACAGUUCCCCGUCGGCCGUGUCCACCGUCUCCUCCGCAAGGGUAACUAUGCUGAGAGAGUGGGCGCCGGAGCUCCGGUGUAUCUGGCUGCUGUACUGGAGUACCUCACCGCUGAAAUCCUGGAGCUGGCAGGUAAUGCCGCCAGAGACAACAAGAAGACCCGCAUCAUUCCUCGUCAUCUGCAGCUGGCUGUCCGCAACGACGAGGAGCUGAACAAACUCCUCGGCGGCGUCACCAUUGCUCAGGGCGGGGUCCUGCCCAACAUCCAGGCCGUUCUGCUGCCCAAGAAAACAAGCCAGGCCACACAAAACACCGGCAAGGCGGGAAAGAAGGCCUCCUCUCAGUCUCAAGAGUAUUGAUUUCCAAGCUAACAACUGUCCAUACCCAAAGGCCCUUUUAAGGGCCACCCACUCCUCAUUGAAAGAGCAACUAAUCCUGCUACCAAGCUAAUUUCCUUUCUUCCCAUGAUGUGCUAUCAAAACCAUGUUUGUUAAAACCGAUGCUGCUAUUCCUUAGUAAUGUUAGAAGUUUAUUUGCGAACACGUGCAGGUAAUAGUAGUAGUGAAUUAUUAUGUUCUGGUGUAGUUCAGGGACAACUAUGUCACUCAAAAUAUGCCCAGUAUCUGAAUUGACAGGGGAAGUUAAUGGUUGUGCUUAAAUUCAACGUUUGAGGACAUUGGUAGGAAUUUAAGGUCAUAACAUAUGUGCAAUGGUUACUAGUAGAUGAAGUAGGUGUACAUCUUAAAAGUCGCUUCAGGUUUUUUUUAAGAACAAUUUGAUUUCUCCCAAAAGCCUUAAAAACAAAUCCUUGAUGGCCUAUUUAUUGAUGGACAGUUUUGUUACAGAACGUGUUGAUACACGUGAUUCUCGGUCAAAUGUGUGUUUGUUUUUCACACUGAUAUGACGGUUAUUUGUCUGAAUGGCUGUUGUCAAUGAGGUCAACUUGUAUGUGUUUGCAUGUGGGCUCAAAGCCUGAAUAACAAAGAACAGUUCAGCUCGAUGCUCCAGGUGUUUCCUCAUUGCACGUUAAGGAAACCGCAGUCAGCAUGAGCACAAUGUGAACACAACCAUAAGACUGUUAGAACAUAUGGCAAAACCACUGUGCUGUAACCUACAAGUUACACAUUCAUCAUCUAGACGUUUAGGAUAUGUAAUAAAAAAAUAAAUAAUAAUAAUAAUUAGGCAAGAGCCAUCUGUGUGUCAACUGUGACAUUUUUAAGUUUUUCCAUGCUAUAUUCCUUAUGUAAAUUAAAUUUUACUUUGAUCUUACAAUGUAGAAUGAACUUAUAAAGUCUAAAGGAGUCCUGUUAUACAAGGGUCAAGACAAACUAGGAAUUCCGAGAGAAUUAGGGCAGAAGCAGAAAAUACAUGUAGGUAUGCAGGUCUGGAGGACAAUUAUAUUGCAUUUUGCAAGAAUGAUUUCUUGUCCAUGUGUCAUCUAUUUUUAUCACUUGUAUUCUUUAAAAAAACAAACAUUUGUUGUACAAUUUGUGUAUUGUCUGAACAUAAACUGAAAUAAAUUCCAUUCAUUCAAAUGUC